AUGAAUACCGAGGACGAAGUCAAAGGACUUGGUCCACGAGAUUUUAUCAAUGGCAUAUUGACGUGGCAGUUUAUGAUCACUCUACACCAAGUAACAACUCUGUAUGUCGCUUUCGUCCCCGAAGGGCUCAAGCAAAUAUGCUGCUACGACAAUGAAACUGGAGCCGAGCUAGAGCUACCUCUCGCGACUACAGUCUCUGUGUUUGGUCAGGCAAUGUUCCAACUGCUCCCAUCCUCUCCUAUCAGAGCUGGAAAGUGUUGCUGUCGCAAAUAUGUACCACAUACAUACGUCCGGAUGGGCCUGCUAGGAAUAGGGUCCGAAUCUAGAAAAGCCGUUAAAGCAGCUUCCUUCUUGGAUAGAGGAUAA